UUCUAAAUAAUCUUCCUUCAGCUCUUGCCUUUUCUAUACACAAGUUGCUUGUUUAAAUUGCACAGAGCUCGAUUUCCUUGCUACAUCAAGCAGGAGUCCUGGCUGCUCUGGUGGAAGUGGACCUGGAUUUCUUUCAUGAACCUGGGUUUUCUCUUCUUCUGAGGACAUGUACCUAAAAUUAACCCUCAUCCAGAAUGUCACGGAGAUUAGCUGUUCCAUUUUGGAGACCAGAGACUCCCAGAAGUUCGAAUUCUCUUACAAACUGGAGCUCCUUGGCUCCAUGCUGGACUUCAUUGAAAAGGAACCACGGGAUACCCUGGCAUCUCCAGUUCGCUACAAGGCAAUUCUUGCCAUUGGACAUCUGAGCAAACUCAAACCAUCUUUGACCUUGGAGGAAAACCGUGAGCUCCUUGAUCAGUGUUUCAAAAGUUUGUUUCCCCUCCCUUUCCUUGGAGAAGAUGAUGAAAGAAGAAGGCGAGACAGCAAAGAAUGCUCUGCCUAUACAGUCACUGUACAUAGAGUCCCUGGAAGCCCUUGGCAAGCCAAUGAAGACUUUGCUGGAGGAAGAACCAACCGCAAACUGGUUCUAAAAAUGUUUCAACUACUAGAGACAUGGCUCCAUUCAGGGAAGGAGUGGGAGAGAGAAAGGGCCUUGCAGGCCAGCAUCCAGCUGCUGACUGCCUAUCAAGAGACAGUUCAUAGCACAACUCAGGAAACUUUUGAUCGGUUUGGAUCUCUGAUUGGACUAAUAGCACCAUACAGCUGUGAUUCGCUGGCCACAUCCUGUCAGUGGAUGGUUGACUGUAUCAGCUGCCUUCUCUGUAUACAAGGCCAGUCCAUAAACCUGGGCUCAGCAGAGGAGGAACUGAGAUGUCUCCGUGAAGCACUAACAGCUCCAGACCCCAAGGCUCUGUUUCAGGCAUCUUCCAAAAUGGCCAAGGUAACUGACUCAAAAAGCUUGUGCGGAUGUGCUAGUGACCAGGCACCAUUCAUCUGACAUUUAAUCUUUCAUGAUGCCUUUCCGUACUCGGAGCGAGCUGUGAGAGCGGGGCAUUCGUUGCUAGUAACCAGCAAGAUGCUUUUCAUAGAUGUGUGCUCUGAAUGCCA